AUGCAACUUUAUGCAGCCUUAUUGAUCUGUUGCUGCAUCCCUUUGAGCUUUUGCCUUGCUCCUACGUCAAACGGACAAACGGAUAAGUGUCAAGAGGUUAGUAGUAUGUCUUCUUUUCGCGCAGUUUACUGAAGACCAAAUUUCGCAAAUUUGAGGGAUUGAAAAGGGUUGAAACGACUCAAUCAAGAUUCUUAACUCGAACCAAGAUGCAUAAACACUGUUCUAGAUACGAGUAAACACAGAAUCUGUUAUCGGACACAAGAAUGGAUGGGUUAAAUUUCGUCCAUCAACGUUUGUAAUUUCCAUAUUUCAGUACUUGAGUUACGAAGAUUGUGUGAAGGAGGCUUAUGAGGCGGGCGCUAAAUGCCGGAUGUCAAAUGUAUCUUAUCUCAAGGCUGACAUUAAUGAAGUUUGCGAUGGACACCAAGAAAAACUGAAGCGUCUGUGUUCCAUUCACUGCGCGAAAGGUUAGACUAAAAGUUGAUGUUAGAUGCAAUUAUAACCGCUCCGUAAAAAACCGCUCGAAAUGCACCCAAUAGACAUGUUCUGAAAAGAUAUAGAGAUUACUCUAUGGAAAGUGCGCACGUACGAUUUUCAUGAGUUGCGGAAAUUCCGUUGUCCGGCCCAAUUAAGUAAAAUAGCUAUUAACUGGAGAACUAUAAAUAAAAUAAAAGGAUGAAAAUUGUUGUAUACAAACUCUUGCAAUCCAGGAGACUAGGUUGUCAAAAAGUGCCCAACCGAUCGUAUUUUUCUCAUAUUUGAUUAUAAGAACUUGUAGGGGAGGUUCAUUAUGUUUUGCAUUUGUUGUCAGUUUGUAAAUAAUUGAUCCGUUUAGAUAUCACAUGGUCUAAUGGAACUGUUUUUUCAUUUAUCAUUUGAAGCAUCGUGCGUAAAUUGCUUCGAAAAAAUGGAAAGAGUGGUAGAAAACUGCAAAUUGUUUUCCAAGAAGGUUAACUGUGACCUCAAGGUCAAAGAAUGUGAGGAAGCAAAGGCUUCACUCAGCAAGUACUGCAGCAGUAAGGAAUGUCCAGGUGAGUGAAACAAAACUACUUUUACUUAGUAGCUGCAUCAAUAGCUGAAGUGAGAGACAGCAUGACAUGUUAAAAAAGAAAAAACUACCCAAAGCUAUUUUUUUUUCAGUGAACAGGAGUACUAGUCAUGCAGUGUUAUGAAUUCUAGGAGAUCUGAUCCUUGAAUUUCUUAGAAUAGAUUUAAUUUGGCCAGACAUGUUUAUAAAAAGCAAAUUAGUGCCACGUAACUGACUAAUGAUCAUCAGAUUUAUAUUGAUUGGUCCAAUCUUUUUCUUCACUUUAUAAAAAUACUAUCAUAGGCAUGUUCUUUUAAUUCAACUUUAUAUCAUGUUUGAAAUGCGUUGAAAAACCUUCUAACAAUCACCCGUAAGACAAAGGGAAAGAUUUAGUAAAGGUAUCCCCGGAUUUUCUGUAGAAAAUAAAUGACAAAAUGCAGGGGUCAACUGUUGCACAUACAGGGUAUAUCAAUAGUCAACAAUCAAAAUCAAGAGCUAAUAUUGUAAGAACUUACAUGAGAUAUGCUUGGUUUUACAUAUAGUGUGCAAAGAUCAGUACUGUCGCAACGGAGGCAAUUGUGCUGGACUCGGUUCACCUAGGUGCCAAUGCCCAGCAGGAUACAGUGGAGCUUUCUGUCAAAAAAGUAAGUGUAACUUAGUGUCAUUCAAAAUUCUUUUGAUUAUGAAACGUUUUGAGAAUUAUGUACUCAUUUUACCAAUGACGGCAAUAACUUCAAGAUAAAAGAGAUAUCAGUGGAGGGGGGGGGGCCAUAAGGAACUUGUCCUUUCGUUCACAACGUAGAGAAAAUGUCGGGACCCAAGAGAUCCAUAAGAUCACUGACCACUUCACGUGCACCUCCGCCAAUGUCAUCUACUGCAUAACUUGCUCUUGUUGCAAAAAGUUAUACAUUGGUGAAAACAGGAAGACGACGAGGAGAUCCAUUCCGAAAACACCUUUGCGACGUAGGAAGGAAUCCAAACCAGUCGCUAGACACUUCAAUUUCCCAAAUAAUUGUAAGCAGCACAUAACAGUUUGCAGCAUUUCUCUACAUCUAAAAGCAGUUCGGAAAGCCGCAAAACCCUGCAGCAAAAAUUUUAUCCUUCAAAUUGGCACUCUUAAUCCUCACGGUAUCAACGAGCCCUUUUCAUUCUAUUAAGUUAUUCUUGUUUUCUCGUCAACAUGUUCCCACCAACAGCGUAGCUCCAUUUUCUGCAUGUAAACAUACACACAACCCAUAACUCCUCCAAUCGCUCUGACGAGGGGCCAACGCUCGAGUUAGCUUUUAAAACUUUUUACGGUGGCUAAUUUACGUAAUCAACUCAGUUGAUAACACUAAAAUAUCCUGUUAUACUCUCCCACCGACGCAUCAUCACAGUUUCUUGAGAAACUUACUCCUUUACGCAAGUUCAGCCAAAUUUUCUGCUCCUUUUCUAUAUUAUAUUAUCUGAUUUGAAGACAUCAUUUGCUCGAUAAUCUCGAAAAUGUUUGAGUCAUUCUUUGUGAGUCAAAUGACCGGUAGAUUGGAUCUUUCCCCAACCACUUGGAAGCUACCUCUCCAAAAUUGCUUAUUUAGGACUUUAGUUAGUAAUAGUACCAACCAAAGUACAUGUACCAUGAUUUUGUUCGACAAAACCUGUCGCUAAAAUUUCUCUACAGGUAAAUGCGCAAGCAAGCCAUGUAAAAAUGGUGGUACGUGCGUUGGCGAAAACCUCUGUAAGUGCCUACCUCACUACUCUGGCCCUCAAUGCACAGUGAGAAAAAAAAGACUGGGAACUAGAGAAAAUCCAGCACCAAACGCACAAGCAAUUAUUGACGCCGGUGAUAGUCACGGAAGCGGAAUGUAUUGGAUCCAGCCCCCUGGUGAAACAGCCCCGGCUCAAACCUAUUGUGACAUGACUUUCGCUGGAGGAGCGUGGAUGUUAGCUAGUUAUGGUUACGUUCACGCAACGUCAUUAAAUGCCAACAAUAAGGCCAUACCCAAUAUGAAUAACCCAAAUGGUUAUGCCUGGCUUCCCACUCUACGCAGCUCCUCAAAUGGUCUGAUUAAUCUGCCCCACGGCGCUGUAAAAAUGGCCAAUAAAGCUCGUUCUAUGAUCAUGGCUGCAGGUAACAACCCAGCCACAGGCGGUAUUGAUCAAUAUUCAUACGUCUAUCGCAUCAACAUUACGGAUAAUCCUUACACUAUAACCUUUGCAAAUCAUAACCGCUUUCAUGGCGGACAACCGGGUCGCAUGCAUGUCCAAGAUUUUAUUGUUGAAGCGUUGAAAGGCGAGAGUGGAACUUAUGUUAGACAUGCUUUAGGGGAAGCUCUGGGGGUGACAUGGAGCGACUCAUAUCCCACUGGGUACGGGUUUAACGAAAAAACGGGAUAUUUUUCAGGCUUUAACAAGGGUCCCUUUUUCCCCAGUGUCCACUCGGGCUCGGGACGCGGUCCGUGUAGUGGAUGCACUUCAACUGAUUACGAGCCUGACGUGAAGGGAGGCUCCCCUCACUACACACAUCGUGGCUGGUACACAGCUACAGGUUUUGGUAAGACAGGGCAAACAUCUGUUUGGUUUAAGUGAAGGAUUAACACUCUGCAUUAAGUUUUAUUUGAAUUAGUCGAUGGCGUUGUUUUCAUAGCUCACAAAGACUGGGUACACCGUUAGUUUUAAACAUUUGUUUUAUAAAGAAUUACAAGUAUCCAUGCAGGUAUUAAAACUUUUAUCCUUUUAUUACCAAGCUGUGUGGAGAUCUUACUUAUCAAACGUAACAAAAAAAUGUUAUAAACUGAACGAAUCCUCGGUUCAUUCCCUGAAUCCAUGCCUUUUCCCACGUUAUUGGAAGUCCACCUUGGUCGCUUUUCUCAUAAUGGUUCAUUCUGGGAAACUGAUUAAUGUUGGCACAGAUUUUAAGCGUUCCGAUUGUGUGAGAAAGAUUUUCAUAUAUUCACAUGCAAUUUCGUCAAAACCACUCCGAUUGUCCGUAUGCACCUCAGUUCUGUCACAACGAUUGUGGUCUGUUCCACCUAUCUGUUCCGAACUAUCAAUGUGUUCACAUGACAGAGAAUAAUAAAUCUGAAUCUUCAGCGAACACAGAUUAUCCCAGUCAUUUAUGCGUGAUCGUAUAAAACUGACACAAGGAGGUUCGAUUAAACCAACAGACAGGAAAGAGGAAGCAAGCAACCGACUCCAUGUCAUAAAUAUUCCUGCUUCCUCAUCUUUAAGUUUGAACAUACUGUCUCAUUCACGGGCAAAAAUGUAGAAGUGAAUCAGCUGGGCGAGAAGACUAAAGAUGAGGAAGAGGAAGUAAAAAAUUAGAAAUUUGGCAGAAAGGCGGUCACGUCUUACUUGUAUGCGGAAGUAUAUCAAAUACGACACUGAAAAGCACGACAAAAUGACAGAUCGAGUUCUGGUGUCGCUGAGAAGCAUACCAAACAACAAAGAGUUUCGCUUUACAACACUCACGAUAGCUGUUCAAGGUGGAAGGAGAUAAUUUCUAAUGGGAAAGUUUUCAGCGUUAGCUUUCUGCUACUGGCUCGCCUUGAGCCCCUGUUUUGCCAAGUUUGUUCUUCCACUAAACAACCGAUCACAGUUGGCGCUCAGUACUGUCAAGGAGUACUGCGCAGAGGUAGGUUUUAUUAACCAUUUUAUUUCACUUUAAAUAUAAUCUGCUUGCAAAAAUUUCAGCACUCAUUGGCUGAGAACACCUCAAUCCACACCACACAGAGCAAAAAGUUGAAAUUGAGCGCAAAAAGUUGAAAUGAAAUUGAUUGACUGAUUGAGAUGCUGGAAAGUCGCGAAAUCAUAUGAAUUUUUCUCGUGCAAUCACAAGUGGCCCUGUUCCUGCCCUAUUCCUGUCAAAAGACGAAGUCAAUGACUUCGUCUUGACAGGAAUAACUGUAAUGGUAAAGCAAGCUUUAAACCGGCAGAAAUCGCCAAAGACUACAGCGGACACACAGGACGUGAGUAAGUGCUAUUGAUUUUGGUGUAAAACUUUAAUACUUCGAAAUACUUAUCGUUGUAAAUCGACCAUAUCUCUUUCCUCAUAUUAAUCCUUAUAACGUGUUCAAAUUCUCAACGGUUCCUCUCGUAACUUAACACCGAAUCACACAACGCGUGAUGCUUUCAUGAGUUAAUCGCUGGCUUUUUUUUCGAGACUUGAGCUUGGGCCGCCCAUGUGGAUAAAUAAGCACUCGUAGAUUUUUCAAAGAAUACAUAUUGGUGUGCCUUUGAAAAUUUUCUCGUGCUGAUUCAUCCCAAAUUGCACUCGACAUCAUGUGAUUACCCGUACAAAUGAAUGACUUAGCUGUUCAAGGACUUUUAACUUAAUCAUUGACCACUGAGGAACUAAAGCUACUUUCACGAGCGAGCUAUUAAAUAAAACCUCAAUUGGUUGCUGUAAAUUCGACCAAAACAUACCUCAUAUAACAAUGCAACAGGGUCUGAAUCAGUUAUUUUGAAUCGGAAACCGGUUCGGUCUGAGUGACCUAGAGUUGCCUCUCUAGUCAGUUAAACUGAAGUACUACUUUGAGACAUGUUUCACGAGUUUCGUAAAAUCCAAGAGAAUAACAAUUACUGAAAUUACUCACUAACAUCUCGUACGAUUACAGUCCAAAGACAGUGUAUAUUUGUAUUUUUAUACGGCUUUUUGUCUCGUCUACUCAUUGAAUUCAGUACAAACCUUACGAGGUCUGCGUAAAAGAAGCAAACGUGUUGGUAGAAAAGUGCCGAAGAGAUUCAAAGAAUUCACAGUCUAUUGACGUGAAACAGAUUUGCGAUCACUUAGAAGAAAAGUUGGAAAACAUUUGCUCCGAUAACAACGCUAAAGGUAAGCCACAACCCUGAAAACAUUGACAGUUGUGCUAUACAUAAAUUUGAAGAACUGACCGAAGUAAUCAAGAAAAUCAACGCCCACAUAAUGUUCGUAAGUGAGACCAAGAUCGACGCGAGCUAUCCCAACGCUCAGUUCAAAGUUCCGAACUACUCCCUCUACCGAAAUGAUAGGAAAAAGGGCGGCGGUGGAAUUAUGGCUUUAAUAUCUCAAUCGCUAGUCAGGACACAGCUUAAACCUGAUAAAUCCUUUAAGACACUGGAAAUAAUUGCCUUCGAAAUCAAAACAGAUAUGGACAAUAUGGUAAUUGUUGGUAUUUAUCGUCCCCCGAGAGCUCUGUGUGGCGAAUAUCAAACACUGUUGGAAAGCGAACUCAGUUAUGUUUGUAACUGGGCAAGCUUGAACGGAAAUUUUGUUGUAGUUACUGGCGACCUAAAUCUGAACAGACUUCGCCCUGACAAACCUGAAGGUAAACUGCUUCUCGAUUUGGAAGUUGAACAAGGUUUUGAAUGUCUAAUUACUAAGCUAACAAGAAUAGAAAAGCGUGGAAUAAUUAUAACAGAGAGUUUAAUAGAUGUUUUGCUCACUAAUAGACCGGAUAGCUUCCAGCUAUCUGGUAAUUACCAUCCUUGCUUAAGUGAUCACGACCUUGUUUACGGUGUCCUGAAGCAGAAAAUAAAUCACAACAAACCAAAGGUCAUCACAUUUAGGAGCUAUAAGAACUUUGACCCUGAACAUUAUAAACAGCUUUUGUCCUCUGCCCCAUGGCACGUUGGACAAUUGUUUGAUGACGUCGACGAUCAAGUUUACGUGUGGAAUGCACUUAUGAACAAUAUACUGGACGAAGUGGCACCUGUGAAAAAAAUGCGUGUGCGUGAUAAAGAUGUGCCCUACAUGACGUCUCAUUGGAAAAGUGCGAUUAGAACUAAACGCAAAGCAAAUGACAAGUACUUGAAUGACAAAACGCCAGAAAAUUGGGAAUUACGACGUAAAGCCAGAAACGAGGCCACUAAACAAAGAAGAAUCGCCAUCAAACAGUACUGGUAUAAUAAGUCAAACGAUUUGAAAAUCAAUCCCAAGGCGUUCUUCAAAACUUUCAAGCCAUUUUUGGGCUCUAAGAGCUGUACUGAAAGAAACGACAUCCACUUAAAAAUAAACGGCAGUAUGAUAACGAAUCAACAACAAGUGGCUGAGGAAUUGGUUGAGCAUUUUGCUACCUUGGCGGAUGGCAUUGGCGGUACAGCGAUUGAAAGAAAGUCAAUAGAGGACUUUAGAGACCAUCCUUGUGUUCAGAGGAUACAACAUGAAAAUAGGAAUUCCACUCAGACCAUCGAAAUCGAAUUGGUUACACAGGGACAAGUCCUUGCAGUUCUCGAUUCGCUGAACAUAAACAAAGCCACCGGCACUGAUGGAAUUCCUUCAAAGGCUUUAAAAACAGGUGCUAAUGAAUUAUCCGCUCCACUAACCACCUUGUUCAAUUCUUGUAUUAACAAGAAUGCAUGGCCUAGUGAAUGGAAGUAUGGGCAUUGGGCCCCAGUAUAUAAAAAAGGAUGACAGGAAUGCAAAGGAAAACUACCGGCCCAUAACUCUCUUACCAUGUGUAAGUAAAGUUCUUGAGAAGUUGGUUGGAGCGCAGAUCAACUCUGGCUUUGGUAAUCGCAUUUACCAACACUCAUCCGCUUAUCGCAAAGCUCACAGCUGCGAAACAACAUUGAUCAAUUUAGUAGAAGAUUGGAGACUGGCGAGGGAUCGAAAACAGGUUGUGAGCAUACUUUCAACUGACAUGUCAAAGGCAUUUGACUCGUUACACCCACCACUACUUCUGAACAAGCUUGAAGCGUACGGUUUUCAGGAAAGCGCUAUUCAACUUUUAAACAGCUAUUUAAAUGAACGGAAAUAUCAAGUAAAGAUCGGCCGUCAUGUUAGUUCGAGCCGAUUCGUGAGUUGUGGCUGUCCUCAGGGUUCCGCGCUUGGCCCGUUGUUAUGGAAUGUUUUCCAGAAUGACCUAUCCUACUGCUUAACAGCGAACUUGUCUAUGUAUGCCGACGACCAUCAAAUUUACCACGCAGGAGCAGACCAGGCAGCUGUGACUUCCCAGUUAAAGGAUAGUGCCAACUCAGCAACAACGUGGUACGAUUCUAACUUAUUGGCGGGAAACCUCAAAAAGUACCAAGUUUUGAACUUGGGCUUCACUCAAAAUGACAGCAAUAUUUGCGUGAAUGAUGUUGUGAUUGAAACUAAAGAUAAUAUCAUACUUCUAGGAGUAGUGUUAGAUUCUAAGCUAAAUUUCUCUGAGCAUGUAAUCUCUAUCUGUAAAAAAGCCAGCCAGAGAAUUGGUGUUCUAAUGAGACAACGUAAUUUAAUUCCUAUGAAAUCUAAGUUAAUAUUAUUCAAAAGCGCGAUAUUACCAUUCCUCACGUACUGUCACCUAGUGUGGCAUUUUUGUAAAGCGAGUGACACUCGAAAGCUUGAAAGACUACAAGAAAGAGGACUUAGAGCGGUUUUCAAGGAUAAUAAUUCUAGUUAUGAACAACUAUUAGAGAAGGCAGAUCUGCCAACACUACUAAAUAGUCGCUUACAGGAUCUGUGCAUCCUUAUGUAUAAAGUAAAGCAUAAACUGUGCCCUGCAUAUAUAAGUAACAUCUUUAAAGAACCAAAUAGUAAUUACAAUCUGCGGCAAGCAGAUUUCUCAAUACCUAGGUAUGAGACAGUCACCUAUGGCAAGCACUCUAUUAGAUAUUUAGGGCCUAGGCUAUGGACAAAACUACCCAAGAGUAUCAGGGACGUCACAACCCUAACGUCGUUUAAAAGCAAGAUACGCCAACUCAAUAUAAGUGAACUUUUAGAUGAUGGCUGCGCAGGCUGUAGCCUUUGUUCAUUUUGACUUCUGUGUAUUUUUUACUAUAAAUCUCUUAAUGAGUUAACUAUAGAUAUUUUACCUACUACUGUAUAUAGUUUUUUUUUUAGUUUGUAUAUUCUCCCCUAAUUGGUGUCCCCAAAUUAGUAAGGGAUUUGUUCCCUAGCUAGACGGUUUUUUGACACUUUAAUAAAGUUUCUAUCUAUCUAUCUAUCUAUACAUGAAAAUACGUUUUAGCGUGACAUGCAGAUCGCAAUCAGUGCAAUCCGGGAGACUAGAUAACUUUGAAUGGUAGUAAUUAUCGAACUCUGAGGACAGUCUCUCGAGGACUGUGACAAUCAUUUAGAUUAUAGAGGGAAAUAUCCACAGCUUUCACCGACAUCAAGGUCAAUAUUUUAUUAAGAGUAGCACAUACCAUAUGAGCUGAGUAACAAACAGACAAAAAAGAACAUUACUAAUGAAUGUUUCUGACAGUAUGCGGUCAUAUGAAAUCAUGGUCGGAAGUAAAUUCCGUUUUAAUGCAAAUUUUGCUGCCCCUUUGUGUGAGCACUACCAACAACAGUACUUCUCAGAACUACCCACAACCGGGCAAUCAGACUGCGCGAUCACCACUCACUUGUGAGGUUUAUACCAAUCUGAAUCAGUAUUUCCAAAUAACUUACUUAAAGCCCCAGUAUCUUUGGUAUUUUUUUAAAACAAAAUGCUUUGAUAAUCCUCGCAAUCUUCCUUUCGCUAGGCAUUGUUCCCCAAAAUCGUUUCGCAGGCAUCCCGCUCACAAAGACACUCCUUUCUCUUUGCCUCUACUACUCAAUUACAGUAUCUUGCCUUGCUUGUUAUGACAAAACCGAAAAGGAAGUGGAGAGCUGUACACGUUUUCCAAAGAUGAUUAAUUGUGACCUCAAUACCACAGUUACGAGAUGUGAAGAACUCAAGGCUUCUCUAAUAAAGUACUGCAAAAGCGAAGGAUGUCAAGGUACAAAAGUCUUAAAACUCUGAAUAUAAUUCUGCAUCAAUCAUCUAACAACAAGACGGAACUGCACUCUAAGAGAUCGCGCAGCACGUUCCUAAUUAGCUAAUUUCUUCUCAAUCGCGGGACGAAUUUAAACUGAAAGAUCUACAAAAACAUCUUUAUGGUGCCUCUAAUAAAGAAAAAAACUCAGAUCAAUGAGAUCUUCAUAUGCUUCCUUGUCAGCCCUAAAAGCCAAUACAUCGUAUUUCAAAAUCUUGGAACUUGUGACAAAGUAAAGAAUAACCGCUAUUCUGCAUAGUUCACAGGACCUUUGAAGCUCAUGCUUGUUCUCAGCGCAUGGUUAUUAAGAAAUAAUGAAGAGAUCAAACAUUAAAGAUAUGUGAAACCUCAAACUCCUAGGUUGCAAAGAUGCGCACUGCCGCAAUGGAGGCAAGUGCACUGGACCAAAAGUUCAUUGGUGCGCAUGCCCGUCGGGAUACACCGGAGCCUUUUGUCACAAAAGUGAGUUUUGUUUGACAUUGAGUAAAAAUAAAACAAGAUUAAAAGAAUAGCGUGGGCCAUAAUAACGCAUACCCCAGGCUGUAUGGGCUGUAGCAAAUACACCAGCGAGUAGCUGAAAAUCGAGGUCCGACGGUAUCUACCAUCUAAUUUAUGUUUGACGACGAAGGCUUUGCUAAGUCUAAAUAAUCUCAAUUUCCUUUUAAGGUAAAUGUUCAGGGAAGCCAUGUGAAAACGGUGGUACGUGCAUCGGUGAAAACCUCUGUAAGUGCCCACCGACCUACUCUGGACCUCAGUGCACGGUGAGAAAAAGACUGGGAACUAGAGAAAAUCCAGCACCAAAUGCACAAGCAAUUCUCGACGCAGGCGAUAGUCACGGAAGCGGAAUGUAUUGGAUCCAGCCCCCUGGUGAAACAGCCCCGGCUCAAACCUAUUGUGACAUGACUUUCGCUGGUGGAGCGUGGAUGUUAGCCAGUUACGGUUUCGUUUACUCGGGUGGAAUGUCGGGAGUAAACUUAAACAAUAAGGCCAUACCCAAUAUGAAUAACCCAAAUGGUUAUGCCUGGCUUCCCACUCUACGCAGCUCCUCAAAUGGUCUGAUUAAUCUGCCCCACGGCGCUGUAAAAAUGGCCAAUAAAGCUCGUUCUAUGAUCAUGGCUGCAGGUAACAACCCAGCCACAGGCGAUAUUGAUCAAUAUUCAUAUGUCUAUCGCAUCAACAUUACGGAUAAUCCUUACACUAUAACCUUUGCAAAUCAUAACCGAUUUCGUGGCGGACAACUGGGUCGCAUGCAUGUCCAAGAUUUUAUUGUUGAAGCGUUGAAAGGCGAGAGUUGA